UUUUUUUUUCUCCUUUUUUUUUUUCCAAUCCUCUAUAAUUUGCUUUUUUCUUCUAUUUCAAUAUAUAAAUAGAAUGGAUAUGGAACAUAAUGCAUUCACUAACGACAAUAAGAUUUUACUUUCUACUUCUGAUGAAAUGAUAACCCGUAAUAUAUUCAAAUUAGUAACAAGCUUAAAGCCUCAUUUAUAUAUUGACCUUUAUAACAGAAGUUGUAAAUGAUUUAUAUUCAUUUGAUGAUAUAAAACGAAAGCGUAUUUUUGAUCAUUAUUAUUUUCCUAACGCAACAUUUACAUCACCUAUCCUAAGAACGAAUGGAGUACAUAAUAUAAAGCAUAUUAUGCUAGUUUGGAAAGCAUUAAAUAAAGAAUCACCAAGAAUAGAUAAUGUUUGUUUUAAUGGAAAGACCUGUAUUGUCUUUUUAACACAAAUAGUAUGUCCAAGGUUAAUUCCAUGGUUUAAAAUAAGUUUACCAGUUACUGCUGUACUCGAAUUUAAAGAAACAGAUAAAGAGAGUGGAUUAUUUAAGAUAGAUACACAUGAAGAGCAUUGGUCGAUAGAAGGUAUAUUAAAAGCAAUUCCAAUUGUAUCCUUUUGGUAUGAUCAUGUGGUGCGAACAAUGAUUGGAAAACUAUUAUCUGCUACUGGAGAGGCAGUUUAUACAGCAACAGAAACUGCAAGUUUAUUGGUAUUAAGAAGUAAAGAGAUUGAAGAGACGAGACGUAGAUUAGAGGCAGGUGAAUAUACAGUUAUAGACAAUAAUAAGGAAUACCACCAAGAAGUUUUAAUGUUGAAAAUGAAUAAUAAUCUAACAACUUCAUCAUUAUCUACUGCUACCAAUACUAAUUCCUGUGAUUAUACUACUCCAUCAAGAUAACAAUAUACAAUUGCUUUCAUAAAAUCCCUUUCCCCCUCUCCCACACACAUUGUACCUUGAUAUAAUGUGUAUUACAUAUUAGAUACAUUUAUAUGUAUAUCUGUGCAUAUAUAAAUAUUUACUUUUUUUUUCUUUACGUAAUAAUAAAAACUAACUGAUGAUUCUGCUGUCUGAAUAAAUAUAAACAAAUAUGUGUAUUUUUUUUUCAAAAAAAAAAA